GGCGGUGGUCGCAGUUGUCAUCGACAGCGGCAGGAAGAGGAGUGUCCCGCUCCGGCAACGGGACCCGUCGGCCUCAGUCGGGAGCUUUCCCAUCUCUCCCUCCAUGACCACCACCACCACCUACACGGGCAUGGACCCCAGCGGCAGGAGCAGCUCCAGAGUACUUCGCCCUCCUGGUGGUGGAUCUAACUUUACCUUGGGCGGCUUUGAUGAGCCAAAAGAGCAACCAACGCGAAGGAACAAAAUGGCAUCCAACAUCUUUGGGCUUCCUGAAGAGAACCCACCUUCUUGGGCUAGCUCAACAGGAGCCAAGCCCAGUGGUGUCAGAGAAGAUUUUGAAUCAUCUGGCCCUCAAAGAAGAAACUCAUCUGAUGCAAAUUGUGGAGACUUUGUAGAUCAAAAGGGAGGGGAAGCUGUUGAAACUUUUGAAAACACUGAGGCCGACGUAGAAGCUGUCCCGAGCCAGAGCGAAGAAAAAUCCCUGCCUGCUGCACCUGUUCCUAGCCCUGUAGCACCAGUACCUGCACCAUCCAGGAGAAAUCCACCUGGUGGCAAGUCCAGCCUAGUCCUCGGUUAAACCUGUUCCUUCCUGACUGUUUUGAACUCGUGUCUGUUUCUUUUCCCCCCAUGCUUGUGAACUGCACAACUUGAGCCUGACUGUACAUCUCAAAUGUCGUUCAUUAAAAAGAAGCACUUUAUGUACUCCAUCUUUUUUUAAGUACAACUUUUUUUUGUUUGUUUUUCCCUUCUGUCCUGUCUCCCCUGGAUCUACCGGAAGUGACAUGAGUGUUUUCUCUAGUGAUAGACUUGAGGGAAAGCUUUGAGGUAUAGUAAUGUAUUUCAAAGGGGACUAGAUUUGGUUCUAAGUGUGGUUAGAGGGUUUUUGUACUGAGGUUUUUAGAACCCCCUUAGUUUCACAAGGGUCUACAAUCCUGCAUAUACAGGCCAGCAAGCAAUCAGCAAGAACUGUCCCCUCCACCACACACGAUAACUGAUUAUCUAAGGUUUCAUUGACUUCCUUGUGGUAAAUGUCUUAAGCCCCACUGUGCCAUACAGAACUGUAUAGUGUGGUGCUAGCUUACGCCAUGCUGCCUUCAAUGAGGAGUAUCUGAAUGUUGGACCAUUAAGUGGGGUAUGUGUGCCAAAUACAGGGCAAAUGAGUUGCCUGUCCUAAUACUGGGGAAGGGACUCUUGUAUACAGGAGACUUCAUUCAGUGAAGGUGGAGUGAGGAGUGGAUCAUACAGGAGUGAAUAUUUGCAUACAAAUCUACAGGGCAUUUUAUUACAAAUGACUCAAUGCUGUGCAUGAUCAUGCUGGUGCUUGACCAUGAGGUGGAAAUCUCAUCCUUUAAAAUGUGUGUUGUAAUUUCAGAAAGCUGGACUGUUGCUUAAAAGUAAAUAAUAUAGAAAUUUUGAA